AUGACUUCAGCUAUCCCUAUAUAUGCUAUGCAAACCAUCAAGCUGCCUAUUAGUGUUUGUGUGGAGAUGGAUCACUUGAAUCGCAAUUUCUUUUGGGGAGGAAAUGAGAACAAAACCGAGAUUCACCUUUGCCAAUGGAAUUUGGUAUGUCGACCUAAGUGCAAAGGGGACCUAAGUGCAAAGGGGAUUUGGGUUCAAGAAAACUGCAAUGGAAGGGCAAAGUUCCCCACUGCCUUGGAAACCAUUGAUUGGUCAACAAGACAGCUUUAUUUGGUGUAUGAGCGUGCCACUGCUAGCAGUGAAGACUCUAGCAGACUUCUUCUAGAAAAUAGAUAG